AGUUCCGGGCAGCAGUUUUGUACUUCCGGGAGCACUCGUCCUCACUUCAAAUUUCAUAUAUCUUCUGUUUAUAGGAACUUCUUUUUUGACAUCCGAAAAUAGUGAUAGUUUUCGUUUCAGAUUUUUAUAUUUACAAGGUAGUUGGACUACGUGUGAGAAUGGUCCCUGAGCUGAACAACCCCUCCGUGUGGAUGAGGAACCGCACCAGAGUGCAGGAGAUCAUCGAGUCCAUGCGCCGGGCUGGUCCCAGCACUAUACAGGUGAUCUCAGACUUUGACAUGACCCUCACCAGGUUUGCGUACAAUGGUAAAAGAUGCCCCACCUGCCACAAUAUCCUGGACAACAGUAAGCUCAUCAAUGAGGAGUGCAAGAUAAAAUUGGCAGAACUGCUGGACAGAUAUUACCCCAUCGAGAUCGAUGUAUCCCGCCCCAUGGAGGAGAAGCUGCCCCUCAUGGUGGAGUGGUGGACGAAGGCACACGACCUGCUGAUUGAGCAGAAGAUUCAGAAGGACCGUCUGGCCGUAGUGGUUCGGGAGUCUGAUGCCAUGCUCAGGGACGGAUACAAGCUGUUUUUCGACCACCUGCAGGAGAAGGGCGUCCCGCUGCUCAUCUUCUCGGCUGGUAUUGGGGACGUGCUGGAGGAGGUGAUCCAGCAGGCCGGCGUCUUCCACCCCAACGUCAAAGUCAUCUCCAACUACAUGGACUUUGAUGAGACCGGCACCCUGCAGGCCUUUAAAGGAGAGCUUAUCCAUACUUACAACAAGCGCGAGGGAGCGCUGCUCAACACGGAGCUCUUUCAGGAACUACGGACACGGCCCAACGUGCUCCUGCUGGGAGACUCGCUGGGCGAUCUCACAAUGGCUGACGGCGUGCACAGCAUGGAGAACAUCCUGAAGAUCGGCUUCCUUAAUGAUAAGGUGGAGGAGUGCAAGGAGCCCUAUCUGAGUGCGUAUGACAUCGUCUUGGAGAAGGACGAGACCCUGGACAUACCCAAUGCCAUCCUGCUCUAUAUCACAGGCCAGCAGUGAAGGUCAUAGGAACAUUUGGUGGGAGGGAGGAGGGGGGAGUGGACUUGUGUUGGGUCCAAGUAUCCAUCCAAAAUAGAAUACCAUAGGACCUCUCCAGUUCUUUUUGUAGCAGCAGCCGACACGGUGAGCUGAAAUUUUACAACCUGUGUGUUAAAGGUGGGUCUUGCCAGGUAUGAAAUGCUUAGGAUAUGCUGUCCACUCCUGUACCCACCCUCCUGCCACACAUCAUUGCAGGAUGCCACAGUUUGUUGUGUGGCAGUAUCUUUCACCAUUGGACUCGCAGAAGCUGGCCGCCCUUGUCAUACAUGCCACUCGAAGACCUCCACCUUACCGUCCAUCCCUUGAUUCAGUGGGGACCACCAGUUUGUUCAGCAUAGAAAAGGGAAAUGGGGUAAGGUCAUUGUUGCAGCUCUUAAAUUUAUGAUGUUGACCUCGGUCAGAGUUGAAAACACAAUAUGGUUUACUGAAGAAGGCCUUUGUCCUGCUCUCUCAAUGUUUUUUGUGGUCCUGUACAUCAGUACCCUGUUGCGUGCACAUGUAGCACUAUUCAGGCGGUCUCCCUCCACGUCGAUUCAGUAAGGGUUGGACGCUUAAUUCCACUUCCUUAGAUUCAGGGGGCCGUGUUCAGUUUUGUAGCUCAGUUUUGCACUUAGAGGGAUGUACAAUGAGGUUAUGGUUUAUAGUUCGGUUAUGCAGCCUGCAGGUUUUUUUUUUUUAUGUACCAGUACUCAACCGAUCGCCAUCCACGAAAGCCAUCGAAAAGCCAUCCACAAAUAACAAAGCCAGGAGUGUGUGUGUGUGUGUGUGUGUGUGUGUGUGUGUGUGAGAGAGAGAUUGUCCAGAAUUUGACUUGAAUUGAUCGGUUGAGUGUUUGGACAUGAAAGAGAAAAUAAUCAUCAUGUAGCCCUGCUGUAAAUGCACAUUCAUGUUAUUUCAGUUAUUUUAUUGCUGGUAACAUUUCACUAGUAAGACAAAGGGAAAAGGAAAGCAGGUAAUAGUCUCUGGUUAAUGCUGGGCAAAUGGGCUUUUUUUUUUCUUUAGCCACCAGGAAUACACGGUCAUGUCCUCUGAUUUUUUGUGACUCCCAGUUUAAGCUGAAGACUAGUUAACAUUUUUACAUUUUGCCCUUUUUCUGUCCAUUCGGUUGCGCAAACUUAACACCAUUUGUUUUUGCUGUUUAAAAAGCCAAGUGGUGUUAUGUUUCUGUCCAAAUAAUAACCAGUGAAGAAAUUUUGUUUUGAAGAAAGAAAGGUAACCCCCCCCAACAGACCCCAUGCCUCUCAAAGGACCUGACUGAGCAGCCAUCUGGAGGAGUAGUACUUCACAAGACAUAACCUUCUUUUACUCAUGUUACUUUAGAUUACAGCACACAUUGACCUCAUAAACUUUGUAAACGGUUGUACAGGUAAUGUUUAUCAGAACAUUGUCUAACAAAUUGGAUUUUAAACGGUUGCAAAGCUAUACUCUAAAGAAUUUUCCAUAAACUGGUUGGCUUCUAGAGUUUAGAAUUUUCUGGUGAGGUUGGAAGCUAAAGUUCUCUUUAUAUGAUGGAGGUAAUUCUCACAAAGAAUUAUCACAGGGUGAGUAUUAAUAUUGUUCACUCAUGUGAAGUCACUUGGGUUUUGCUGUUGUCAGAGUGGCGAGCUCCACGUCGUAAAUUAAAUUAAAAUUUUCAAGUUCAA